AUGGCCUACUUGUGGUUCAUUCAGUUCAGGGCCUUUCUCUGGAAGGUUUUUCUGCAGCGCUGGAGAGCGCCGGUGUCGACGGUUGCCGAGCUGCUUCUGCCAUGCCUCUUUACGCUCUUGUUGGCGUUGGGCUACUGGUUCUCCACGACAAAGGAGGUGCCCACCAUCGAUUAUUCUGCAGGGAAAACGAUGGAUAUGUCGGUUUUCCUACCGGCUUUUUUCUGUCAAAACUUUUCAAGCCCACGCCCGUUUGGCCGCAGCCUGCACAUCGGGCCUUGUAUGGGGAAGAGCAGCAACACGGUGUGUUUCCCGUUCGUGCGGGAAGGGGCUCUCUGCGUGCGCGACAGGGCGUUGAUGUCGAAGGUCAUGUUUGGGGUGUACUUCGGCAAGGGCCCUGUGCGGGUUCCCAGCCUCGACGCCUACCUCGCGCUCUCCGCGUUUGUGUCGUACGACUCCCGCAGGGCAAAUCCGGUGUUCUUCACCCGCUCGCCACAGGCCAGUUUAUCACACUACGGACACCUGCUGCUGGCCGGGACGGGGAACGACACCUCCGUCGCCGCCGAGUUUGCCGACUUCUGCAGCAACAUCAGCGCCCUCUGCGGCGAGGUGGUGUACAGGGACCGCUUCUUCCCCUCGAUGGCCGAGGCGCAGAAGUUCGCCAAGAAGCACGACAACAAAGUCUGGGCCAUUGUGGAGCUGCCUCCCCUCUCACCUGCGCCGGCGGCGGCGGCGGCGGGGGAUGAGGCGCUCAUUUUCUCCAUCAGCAUGAACUACACCGCCACCCCAUGGACGUUUGCGUCGAAUAUGAAGUUCCUCAAGGGUCUGGGAGCCAACGAGUACAUGCUGUACGUCACAAGCGGAUUCAUGACUUUGCAGAAUGCAGUGCAGCGGUUCUACACGCAACGUCGUCUUAAAAGUGCGUCGCCGUUGUCACCGUCUGGGGCAAAUGCCUCCGGCAUUUUUCAAUAUGUCAACCUCAACGGACCCUCUCUGAUCCCCAUGCCGACGGCGCCGUACCAUGAGAACAGUUUCUACGCAAGUUGGGUGUACUUCAUGCCGCUUGUGGCGAUGCUCGCCGCCAUAUUCCCCGUCGCGAGGCUUGUGAGUUGGAUUGUUGAAGAGAAAUUACACCGUAUUCGCGAAGCCAUGCAAAUCAUGGGUCUUCGCUGGUCAUGCAUGUCACUUGGCUGGUUUGCCUCCGCCUUUUUGAUGGAUCUAGUCGCCUCGCUGCUUGCCGCCAUUGUGUUACGGAUAAGUUUUUUUCACUAUGUGCACUUUGGGGUGCUAUUCAUGAUCUACUUCAGCUUUAUGCAGCAGAACACUGCCCUGAGCCUGUUUCUGAGUACCAUGUUUACCAAUCCCCGGAUUGCGGGAGCCGUGGGGGCGGUGUGCAUCUUCUUAUGCAGUAUGCCGUACUACUCCCUUCCCGAGGGUGCGAGCAUGGUGCGGCUUGUUUCGAUGAGUUUCGUCCCAUGCGUCGCCUACGCGAAGGCCUUUGACGUGCUCUCCAAGUAUGCCUCCUUUGGCUACCCUUUCUCCUGGAAAAAUGCACGUGAAGGGGACUACACCGUGUCAUUGGCGAUUGGGUUGAUGUGGGCGUCGUCAGCCAUUAUGUGGCUUCUUUGGGUGUACUUGGACCAGGUGUUGCCGUCCUCGAUUGGCCGUCGCCGACACCCCUUGUUUUUCCUCUCGUGGAUGCGUCGCCUGUUUCCCUGCGGCGGCUGCGGCGGCGAUCGUGGGGAUUCUGAAUUGACUAAACCGCAUGUGCCGCGCCACUCUGCGGCGGCAGACCCUCAGGAGCCUGUGUGUGGUGCAGUGGAGAGGCCGCCGCUGAGUGGCGAGGCGCCUCUCGAACGCGAGAAGGAGGCCCCCGCGGCGGUGUUCCGUAACUUGUACAAGGUAUACCACACCGGGAGCCUGCUUGGAUGGCUCUACUACUUCAUCACGGGGCUGCGCCGCAAUGGGGACUACUGCGAGGCGCUGCGCGAUGUUUCCAUUCAGCUGGACUUUGGCAAGGUAAAUGUGCUGCUCGGCCCCAACGGCUCUGGCAAGACGACUUUGAUAGGGAUCGCGACUGGCAUGCUGACACCCACGCGUGGUGAGGUCUACAUCUGCGGCCACAACGCGAAGCACCAGCUGGGGAAGUGCCAAAAGCACAUUGGGUACUGCCCACAGGCGGACAUUGUGUGGGAGGAACUCACGGUGGAGGAGCACCUCAGCUUCUACGCCCGCAUGAAGGUUCAUCGGCGCUGGGAUGUGCAGCAGGAAGUGGAUGAAGUCAUCGCCAACAUGCAGUUGGAGGAGAAACGCCACACCCUUGCAAGGAACCUCUCUGGGGGUCAACGGAGGCGCCUGUGCGUUGGCGUGGCCCUCGUCGGACGCCCUGAAGUCCUCUUCCUCGACGAGCCGACGUCUGGAAUGGACAUGCGGGGGAGAAAGGCGGUGCAUGACGCGCUUCAGAAGGACCGUGACACACGCGCCGUGGUGGUCUCAACGCACCUGCUGGAUGAGGCAGAUCGGAUGGGGGACCGGAUUCUCCUCAUGCAGGACGGCGUCCUGCGUGGUGCGGGGUCGGCCCUGUUUUUGAAGUCGAAGAUGGAGGUUGGGUACGUCGUGACCUGCGUGGUGGACGCCUGCUCCUCUGAGAUGGAGGAGAAUAUCUGCAUCAGCCGUCUUACCGAGUUUGUGCGCGACAAAUCAUUUUCCGGGCACUCCCACACGACGUCUUCAGAGCUGCAGCCCAUUUCCAGGCAAUGCAAGCUGCUGGGGAUCGAGCGCCGUGGUCGCGAGAUCAUGUUUCGCUUUCCCUUGUCGCUGCUCUCCUCGUCAGGGAACGCCAUCAUCAGUGAGCUGGAGGAGCAGCGGGCGGCGCUUCACCUGCGCAGCAUUGGCCUCAGUCUGACCACACUGGAGGACGUGAUGAACUCGCUGGCGCCGAAGCAGCAGACGCUGAUGCCCACGGCGUCCGCACCGGAGUCGACAAGAGACAACGUGACGGAGCAAGGGAUUUCCAUUCAGCUGGACGGCCGCGCCGGCCAGGCGACGCAGGCGGUUGGCACUGCGGUUGGCACUGCGGUUGGCUGCGGUCGUGCUGCCGCGAAUGAGGAGGCUUGUAACUUGCUCAGCCUCGAGGCGUACCACAUGCACCAUGGGCAGACGUUCACGCGACACUUUUCCGUGCUUUUUAUGAAGCGCGUACACUGCGCCAAGCGGGACGUCCGUCUCCUCAUUUUUCAGAUUGUUUUGCCAGUGGCAUUCCUCGCCCUAGCCCUCUUGACGGACCUUGUGAACCCGCCGGGCCAGCCGGCACUCACCCUUGACGCCUCCCUGUACGCAGGCUACAAGACCCCGCCGCUCUCGGCAGUCCCGUGGACGACGUCGUCGGUGUUGCCAGACGUAUUUGCAGCGAAAAAGAAUGACAUGACCGCGGCCUUUGGACCGUACUACACGCCUGUCCAGGUCAACUGUGAUGUGGCAAAUUGCAGUCACCCACUCUCUGCCGCGAUGAUCCCUGACGUGAUGCGCCACCAGGCCACCCGCUAUGUUGCAGUUUCCCUCACGAGCAACCAGGGUCCGCCUGCCGGCUACACGUCUAUUCUGAUGCAUAACACCUCGGCUCACCACUCCGCGCCACAGGCCCUCAAUGUGCUGUAUAAUGUUGUCAACUACCAGUUGUUUGGCAAUGGCUCAACGACGACGGCGCGGAAUGUGCCGAUGCAAAUGGGAGCAUUCGAAUCGAAAAUGGUAAGUGCCUUCCGUCGUGUGCUCUUUGGCAUCUUUGUUCUACUGCCCUUUACGUUUAUCCCAAGCAAUACGGUCGCCUUCAUGGUGCGGGAGUGUCAAACCGGUGCUCGACAUCUGCAGUGGCUCGCGGGUGCCAACGCGCUUGCAUUCUGGACGAGUUCCAUGUUAUUUGAUUUCUGCUGCUACCUUGUGACCGAGGCGCUGGCGAUGGUAAUUUUUGUCAUAUUCAAGCGCACAGAAUUCAUUGGAAACGCCAACAUUGUCGGGGCCGCCAUAACGCUCUUUGCGUUCUUCGGCCUUAGCUCUGUGCCAUGCAGCUACGUCGUCAGUUUUUUCUUCAGCUCCCCGUUUGUCGCCCAGAGCGUUGUUCUUGCGGCUAACUUUGUGCUGGGUUUCUUGUGGGUCAUGGGCGAGCAGAUCCUCGGCGCAAACAAGAGCCUGGAGGACUUUGUGAGGUACACAACAUACAUCCUGCGUAUCUUCCCGUCCGUUUCCUUUGGCGAGGGCGUGUUCACCCUGUCGGGGGUGGAGCUGGCGAAUCUGAUGUUCCCAGAAAGGGUGCGGCCCAACCUCUUUGCCCUGCUCGAGCUUGUCGACGGCAAGUUCAAAGGUGGCAUCGGGACCGCCCUUGUUUACAUGUCGUGCACCUUCGCCGCCUCACUUCUGGUGCUAGUGCUGCUCGAGUACGCACGCAUACAGCGCAUCACCUGGGUGUGUGCCCAGCUCUCCUGCUGCAAGCGGCGGAGGCAGCGGUCACCCGACAACCACGCUGACACGUCGGUCUCCCUCAUUGACGCGGAGGGCAACCACGCGACCUGCGUGGCGGUCGACGAUUCUGUCGCGCGUGAGGAGGAGGAGGUUUGCCGCCACGCGACGGGUCGCAGGGAGGACGGCAUCACGCUGCAGCACAUCACGAAGAAGUACUACGGGUCCGACCGGGCCGCCGUGGACGACCUCUCGCUCGGCGUCCACAAGGGCGAAAUCAUGGCCUUGCUGGGCCUCAACGGCGCCGGCAAGACGACGACGGUCAGCAUUUUGGCUGGCGAGGUGAACCCGACAACCGGUUCGGCGUACAUCAACCACCUCUCCGUCCUCCGCUCCGCCUCCCGCAGCUACGUUGGCUACUGCCCACAGAAGGAUGCCCUCAUUGGCCACCUAUCGCCGUACGAGCACCUGCGGCUCUACGCGGGUCUGCGCGGGGCCAGUGCCGCCUACAUCCAGAAGGAAAUCCCCCAACUUCUCAGUGCGUUGGCCCUCACGCAGUGGCGGAACGCCCCGGCCUACUCGCUGAGCGGCGGAAACAAGCGACGUUUGUCACUUGCUGUGGCACUGGUCGGUGGCACCACCAGCGUCUUGCUUGACGAGCCUACGGCUGGCAUGGACGCCGCCGCGCGUCGGCGAACCUGCGCCGUGGUCAAGCGGCUAACACGCGAAAAGUCUGUGAUUCUCACCACGCAUCUGUUGGAUGAAACCGAGGCCCUCGCAGACCGAGUGGCUUUCAUCUCAAGCGGGAGGCUGCAAUGCGUUGGCACGCCGCAGGAGCUGAAGACGCACUACACGGACGGCGCCGUCUACACCGUGCGCGUGGUGUUCGCCGAAGCGUGUGGCCCCAUUGAUGCCGCCAGCGACGUCGCGAAACGCCUCUGUGAGGCCUUCCACACUUCUGCUUCGAGCGAGGAGGACGACUGCGUCGUGGAGGGCGUUGUGGAUCGCACCGUGACGCUGUCGGUGCGGCACAGCCUCUCGCACAUCUGCGCCGUGACCUCUGAUAUCCGCGAAGGGAAAGUGGCGGGGCUGCCGCCGGUGGUCCAAGUGAGCGCGACGCAGCCAACGCUGGAGGAUAUUCUGCUGGUCAUGUGA